UACCCUGAACUACAUUACCCAGGGUCCUCCUAUGUGUCUGUUCUCUGAUAGGCUGGUCGAGGCAGUGUGAAAGCCAGUGGAAACUUCAACGCCAACCAAGAUGCAGCGACACUCUACAAGGCCAUGAAGGGACUGGGAACCGAUGAGGAUUCCAUCAUGAAGUUGUUGACGUCUCGUAGCAACAGCCAGAGACAGCAGAUCAAAGCUGCAUACAAGACCCUGCAUGGCAAGGACCUGGUAGGUGAUCUGCAGGGUGAACUGGGGGGAAAGUUUGAGACUCUGGUGGUGGCUCUGAUGACUCCGCCCAUCCUCUACGAUGUGACAUCACUACGGAACGCCAUCAAGGGGGCGGGGACCGAUGAGAAGGUGCUGAUUGAGAUCCUGUCUUCUAGAACGGCCCAGCAGAUUAAGGACAUCACUGCUGCCUAUCGCCAGGAGUAUAAUAAGAACCUGGAGGAGGAUGUAACAGGAGACACGUCAGGUCACUUCAGGAGACUGCUGGUCAUCCUGCUACAGGCCAGCAGACAGCAGGGGGUACAGGAGGGGAACAUAGAGACUGAUGCACAGACUUUGUUCUCUGCAGGAGAGAAGAAGUUUGGGACAGAUGAAGAACAGUUCAUCACCAUCCUGGGGAACCGGAGCGCUGAACAUCUGAGGAGAGUGUUUGCUGCGUACAUGAAGCUGGCGGGGUAUGAGAUGGAAGAGAGUGUUCAGAGAGAGACUUCUGGAGGACUGAGAGACCUGCUACUGGCCGUGGUAAAGUGUGCUAGAAGCGUCCCAGCCUACUUUGCAGAGACUCUGUACUAUUCGAUGAAGGGCGGUGGAACUGAUGACCAGACCUUAAUCAGAGUGAUGGCGAGUCGUAGUGAGGUGGACAUGUUGGAUAUCAGAGCUGAUUACAGACGCCUCUUCGCCAAGUCUCUGCACUCUGCUAUACAGGGUGAUACCUCUGGUGACUACCGUAAGGCCCUCCUCCUGCUCUGUGGCGGCAAUGACGCGUAACCGUGGUGAUGACCCCUGAAGGGGCGGUACCUGGAGAGACAUCCGCUCUGAGUGGCCCCUCUAGCUGUCAAUCACUCUCUGAGUCCUGUGUAAGCCAAUAGGAGAGCUCUGCUGGCCACGGUGCAGCCCCGUGAUAGGUUAUGAGUGAUAAGACUUUAAUCCUGUGUGUAUCUGUAGCUAACAUCCUUUAGGCUUUACUCUGCUUCAUAUCUACAUCACUAAAGUCAUAUUAAUGCUGGAAGUAAUGUUUUAAUAUCAGUAAUAUAACAACUAAAGACUGUUUUAAUGUUUGUACUGUUUGUAAGGCAACACUGAAGACAUAAUAAACAUUUUAAUACAG